AUGGUUCCUCUCCACUCGUUCCCCAGCCGAGCCUGUCAGAGCACUGCGUCAGAGUGUCUGCGUCUGUCACCCCACACCCGGACCGCCUCGCUCGCCUCCUGCCUGUCGGACCGGACCCGCCUCACCCUCAGAAUGCUGCCGUUCGAGCUGGGCUUCCCGUCACCGUGGCAACAUCGGAGGAGCUGGCCCGGCUCCGUUCGGCAGCCCGGCCUCAUUAUGCUGCUGCUGGCUUUGAUGUGGUUUGUGAGGCUAUACCUGCAUUACUCCAGCCAGUGGCUCUACCUCCAGGCCAUAGCAGUUCCUGUCAACAAGUUUGCUUUCCACGCUCACACCGUGGAGCUGGUGUACCAGAGCUCGCUGCUUCACACCCGGGAGGAGCUGGCCAUGGUGGUGGUAGGACCGCUGACCUUGAACGCUGUAACGCUCCUGCUGGUUCUGAUCAGAUGGGCUUGUCAACACAUAUUUGGAUCACUCCCCUCCUUCACGUCAAAGCUGAUCAUGGCACAGGGAGUGUGGACAGUCCUGGACCCCCUGGCGGUCUUUGCUGUGGACGCCCUCCUCGGGAAUCUAGUCUAUCGUCCAGAGACACCUGUGGGCGAUGCUGCUAAGCUAUACUGGCACUUUUACCGAACUGACCAAUCAGGAGUGGCAGGAGUGGUCCUCACCGUGUUCCUGUAUGUGGUCCUGAGUGUUCUGUCUCUCACCAUCAUGUUCCUCUACCUGCUCAGGUUCCACAAUGACGGCCGCAUGCUGGACGUUUAUCAGAGGAUCACAGCCAGCGAAGGAACCUACUUCCUGCCUCAAGACCUGGAGGUGUCCAAUCAGGAGCUGAGCUAUAUCGUCAAGAAAGCAGAGCAGUGGAGAGGCUAUAAUGGAGAGAGGCGGAAGGUAAUGGGUUACCAGCGGGCGAGUUUGGGAUCACCCAGGGUGCUUUGCAACAGCCGCUCAAGUGGUGGGGAGGAAACCUGUUGA